AAAAAGUGAGACACUGUUGCCUUUUCUGAUUUUCGACCGCUGCCCUCGAUUUCAUCAAACUACAGAACAAUCCCAACUCACUGACCUCCUAAGAACCGCAAAUGGCGGCCGCAAGAAGAGAGGUUACGGUUUCAGCUCUGCAAUUCGCUUGCACAGACGACGUCUCUACUAAUGUCGCCACCGCUGAAAGGCUGGUUAGAUCGGCACAUGCAAAGGGUGCAAACAUUAUCCUAAUUCAGGAACUGUUUGAAGGCUACUACUUCUGCCAGGCACAAAGGGAGGAUUUUAUUCAACGAGCCAAGCCUUAUAAAGGCCAUCCGACAAUUCUUAGGAUGCAACAACUUGCAAAAGAGUUAAGUGUGGUGAUUCCUGUUAGUUUCUUUGAGGAGGCUAAUAAUGCCCAUUAUAACUCCAUAGCCAUAAUUGAUGCUGAUGGGUCAGAUAUUGGACUUUACAGAAAGUCCCAUAUCCCAGAUGGACCAGGCUAUCAGGAGAAGUUCUACUUUAAUCCUGGUGACACUGGGUUUAAAGUUUUCCAGACAAAAUUUGCGAAGAUUGGAGUUGCCAUUUGCUGGGAUCAGUGGUUUCCAGAGGCAGCCAGAGCCCUGGUUCUUCAAGGUGCGGAGAUAUUGUUUUAUCCUACAGCUAUUGGUUCUGAACCUCAAGAUGAUGGACUCGACUCUCGUGAUCAUUGGAAAAGAGUAAUGCAAGGGCAUGCCGGUGCCAAUUUAGUACCACUAGUGGCUUCAAACCGCAUUGGAACAGAGAUCAUUGAAACAGAGCAUGGCAAAAGCAAGAUCACAUUUUAUGGGAAUACUUUUAUAGCAGGACCCACCGGAGAAAUUGUUGCUGCUGCUAAUGAUAAAGAUGAAGAUGUUUUAGUAGCCGAGUUUGAUCUGGAUAAAAUCAAGUCCAAGAGACAUGCUUGGGGAGUCUUUCGUGAUCGCCGACCAGAGUUGUACAAGGUGCUUCUAACUUUAGAUGGCACCAACCCCAUUUUAUAAACUUCGGUCUCGACCCGGUUAGUUUUUUAUUCUAGAAAGUUGGAAGUUUAAGCAGGAUGAGCUUUCAGUCCCCUGUUUAUGUUUCAAAGAUCAACAUAAACAAUGGAGCUGAGUUCCCCUGUUUAUUUGGUACUAAAUCCGUAACUUUUUAGCUGAUGCUUCAAAAGCAUGGGAGAGGCCUAGAGUUCUCAAUCUGCAAUAUAUUUACAGAACUUUUUCUUUUCUUUAUUAAUUUAGUUGGUGGUCUUAAUUUCUGUGGUCUACUUUGAGUUCAUCCCGUAGAAGACGAUUGUCUUCGAUUCAACUACUUUCUAAA